AAACCGGUCAAAGAAAAGUCAUCAGCCAAAUUCCCGAGUCUUGACAGUAUAAAUGUCGCCGGAGAUGGAAAUAUAGUGGACUUGCGCAGAAAAAUAGGUUGUGACUUGUGCCAAUACUUGCGAUUCUAAGAAGUUUUUAACCAAACGGCGAAACCACUAAAGAUUCAAUCUUUCUCCGGCGAAAACAAUCCUAUGCCUCCAAAGAGACGUUCCCGUCGCCCCCGGAAAUCAUUGCCGGAAAAACCUACACAAAACUCCGAGAAUGAGAACUCAGUCACUGAAGCUCCACAAAAUGACACCAUUUUAUCUGAAACCCUAAUCGCCGAAGAAACCGAAUCUCAGAACCACACUCUCCCACCAGAGCCGCAACCCGAAAACGUCUCCAUCACUCAAAACUUCUCCGGUUUAUCGGAAACCCUAGUAAACGGAGAGGGCAUGGUUGAUGAUGGCGGCGCUGAUUUUACGAAGGGUUUAUCGCUUGAAAGUGGUGAAAAGGAGUUUACUAUGGUUAGUUGUAGUAAUAACAUGUGUGUUGAUGAAAAAGUUGGAAAGACGAAGAAGAUUGUAAAGAAGACAGUCAAAGUGGUGAAGAAGGUCGUUAAGAAGGUUCCUAAAAAGGCUGUUAAGCCUGAAAUUGCGUCUACAACUGAUGCACCUGAUACGGUUGAUGGCUCAAAGUCUACAAUUCCUGUUGAGGUUAAUGCAGAGGAAUCCGAGCUUGCUGGUGCUAAUGCUCAAUUACAAGAGGAAAAUCACGAGGCAGAGGUUCAUGAGAAAACGGGUUGUUCAGAAGGAACACAAGGCGGGAAUGUAGAAACUAGAAUAAGUGAAAUGAUGGAAGUUAAUGACAACAAUGAGGGUAAUGGGAACAAUGUGGGUAAUGUAGAGAUUAGAGAUAAAGAAGGGUUGGAAUUGGGGGUUGGUGAUGAAGGGAAGGAAAAGGAGAAGGAAGGAGAAGAAGAUGUCAGUGGCCGAGACGAGGAGGUGGGAGAAGGGAAGCUGUUUAGAGGGGAAUUAGAGGCCAUGGAGCGUAGGAAGAGAAGGAAAACCGAGGUUUUUGUUGGUGGAUUAGAUAAAGAUACACAGGAGGAAGAUAUAAGAAACAUUUUUGCUGAAGCUGGUGAGAUUGUGGACUUAAGGCUGGUCACAAGUAGCAGGACUGGGAAUAAAUUUGCUUUCCUACGUUAUGCUUCUGCAGAUGAUGCGAAAAAGGCGUUGGAAAAGUUUGCGAAAGUUGAGAUUUGUGGCAAGGAAUGUGGUGCAACUCCGGUUGAGGGCAAUGAUACUAUUUUUCUUGGCAACAUAGAUAGAAAAUGGAAGGAUGAGGACGUUCUCAAAUUGUUGAACACUAUUGGAAUUGACAAGAUAGAUAUGGUCACAGUAAUGAUUGAUCCGAAUAGAGGAUGCAAUCGUGGGUUUGCAUUUGUCGAAUUUGAAACCAUCAAGGAUGCUCAGGUUGCUUAUUCAAAACUUCAAAAGAAAGAUGUUUUUGGGAAGAAUCAUAGCUUAAACGUUGCUUGGGCUGAGCCCUUGAAGGAGCUUGAUGAAGAAGAAAUGAUGAAGGUCAAAACAGUUUAUGCCGAGUUCAUACCCUCAUCUUGGGAUGAAGAGAAAGUGAGAGAUACUUUUAAGCAGUUUGGCGAGAUUGACGAAAUUGUGCUUGCCCGGAAUCUGCGAACAUCCAAGAGAAAGGACUUUGCAUUUAUCCGCUAUAAAACCCGAGAAGCUGCUAUCAAAUGCAUUGACUCAUUUAGUCUCGAGUUAAAAUGGGAAGAUGGAACCAAGGUUAAGGUGAAGGUCUCCCUUGCUAAACCAGUUUCGAAGAGAAAAGAUAAACCUGUUGCCAAGGAGGUCCUCCAAGCAAACCCCAAAACUAGCCAUAGUAAUUUUAGGCUGAGUGAACCAAGGAAUUGGACAAGACCAAGUGCACCUCGUUAUGCCGUUCAAGUUCCACAGAUGCCUUCUACAAAUGUGGAAUUAGUACAAUUAUUGAGGGAGCAAGCUUCAUGGAGGCCACCACAUUCAAGCCUAAGCAUCAGUCCAAUGGAUAUUCACUACGAUCAUUUGACUGGGAGGAAACGCCAGUUUUCUUUGUUAGAAACAGAUGUCCUGUCUGCAGAAUUUAACAGAUAUCCUCGCUCCCGUUUGGAUGCUUCUCAUUCAAUUGCAAGCUCUAGUCACAACACAAUGCAUCCUAGUGGUCUUGCAAACCCUUUGACUUAUCAGCGGCAUAGUGGAUACCCUUCUGGCAAGUUGACUUUGAAAAUUUCAGCUUUUUGAUAAAAUGCGAUUUUCCUUUAUAAUCUUAUCUUUUUUUUUUCCACCAGGAUCACUUUACGGAAUUAGACAUAAUGCUAGCAAUGAUCAGAUCAGGGAUCUGGGACAUGAGAGGAAUUUCCUGUCUUGACGAUAUUGAGGGAUGGAGAACUAAAGUGCAAAAGUAGCUUGACAGGAAGAUAAUCUUCCAUCUGAAAUGGCUAAGCGUCAAUUGGCGUGUUUCUCAAGCGGUAACUUCAUAUUAGUUCUUUCCUUGUGAUGUAAUGUAAUUACUCUGAAUUAGGCUAUUAGAAAAGUGGUUCUCUUUCUGCUUCAUAAAAUCUUUUCUGUUAAGGUCUUCAUGUCUGUUUUAUUGAAUGUCCAUGAAUGAUUAAUGGGAAUCUGUUUUGAAACGAUUCAUCCUAGUUUGUUCAUCAGAUUAGAUGUUCAACUUUGUCAACGCAACAUUCCUCUGAUAGUUGUCCAGAAGAUCAAAAUUGUGCUUAAUUACAACAUCGGGUAUUUGCUUCUCUUC